AUGUUCAACGGCCAGCGUCUUCGCCAGUGGCUGUCGGGCCUGCCAGGCCAUCGUGUAUGUUCCAUGAAAUGGCAGUCGUUGCUUCGCUAUGCUGCCAUCACCUUCGCCGUCACCUUGACCCUGUCCGGCGUCUUCCUCUUCCGACGGCCAGAGGGAUUCCUCAGCGGUACCACGUCGCAUUACUUCGAAUACUUCUGGAACCGCACCGAGACCCACCCCAUUGAGCACCUGGUUUCCGAAGCGCACUUGUUCCACGAGAACCUGCUCAAGGAGCAAAGCUUCGACGUGCCCGCGGCGGCUGCUCGAUAUCGCGCACGACGAGGGCGACACCCGCCUCCAGGCUUCGAUGCCUGGCUCGCCUACGCCGUGGAGCACGACGCCAUCGUCGUCGAAUCGUACUUCGAUCGGAUAUAUGCCGACCUCGCGCCCUUUUGGGGCCUCGACCCCCAGACAAUCGCCGAGAGAGCCGCGUCGUGGGAGCAUGUCGUUCAAGUGCGCAAUGGUACUGUCAACCCCAAGGGUAGCACCGAAAACCGAGUCCCAUGGCUCCAGCUCUGGUCUGGCCUUGUCGCGGAAGCGGCACCGUUCCUACCGGAUGUCGAUAUGCCGAUCAACUACAUGGACGAGUCGCGGUUGGCCGCGUCGUGGGAGGACAUAACCAGUUACGUCGAGAUAGAGCAGGCGAGUCGCACGGUCAAACCGGUGGAAGAGGUGGUGACGGCGUUCAGCGGCUUGGAUAAGGUUGACGCCAGAGGAACCGACACCGAACCUUACCAGCCCGAGUGGCUUCACAGCAACUACUGGGAUCUGAUGCGCGUGGGCUGUGCGCCGGAUUCUGCAUCUCGCAACGCCACGCCGAUGGUGAACUUCACAGGCCCCGCCGAGUUCCCUCAGGACUGGAGUCCUAAUUAUGCAUACGAUGGUUUCGUCCGAAACUUCACGGCGUCCAGCGACCCGUGCAGCCAGCCCCAUCUGCGCGGCAUGCAUGGAACCUUUGUGGAGCCUCUCACGCUGUCGACGAGCAAGGAGCUCAUCCCGCUCUUUAGCGGGUGUAAAUUGCCUAUGAACAAUGACAUACUCAUCCCGGGGGCCAUGUACCUAACGGACGAUGUCAUGUACUCCGGAGGCGACACGCAUGGACCGGCUUGGAGGCAGAAGGUCGACGGGACGGUCUGGCGCGGUGUCGCGUCUGGAGGCCGGCAUCACGCCGAGAACUGGUCGCACUUCCAGCGCCUCCGGCUCGUCGAGAUGCUAAACAGCACUACCGUCUCGGCAGUGGAGGCGAGCGGGUCGCGCGCCAUGACGUUCGAGAUGCCCUCCGCGAAGCUGUACGACUUCCCCCGAAGGCGUGAGGGCACCAUUGGCAAGUGGCUGAAGAAGUUCUCCAACGUCGGUGUCACCAUGCUUCUGUGUCACCCCGCCGAGUCGGAGUGCGACUACCUCUUGCCGCAUAUAUCCGGGGUCGAGGGCGUCCCUAUGAAGGAGCAGUACAAGUACAAGUUCAUGCCCGACGUUGAUGGUAACAGCUUCAGCGCCCGGUUCAGGGGCUUUCUCCUGUCGACCUCGCUGCCCAUCAAGUCUACCAUCUACGCUGAAUGGCACGAUGACCGGCUCGUUCCUUGGCUGCAUUUCGUCCCGAUGGACAAUACCUUUCAGGACUUGUACGCGAUUCUGGACUACUUCUCCUACGACAAGAAAGGAGACAGGGCGGCGCAGUUCAUUGCCGGAGAAGGCAGUGCAUGGGGCAAUAAGGUCCUCAGGAGGGAGGACAUGCUUUUGUACGUUUGGAGGCUUCUCCUGGAGUUUGCCCGGGUGUGUGACGAGAAACGAGAGUUACUUGGAUAUGUAGACGACUUAUAA